AACGUAAACAGUACUAGUGAAUGAAUGAGUAGUUUUGUUCAUCACUUCCGUCAUAACUACGUAAAGAAACUAUAUGUGACACUUGUGAACCCUCCAGCGACUUUUGUGACAUUUUAAGUCUCCUUGUUUCAUGUAGAAAAUUAAAAUAAGAAGAAAAAAAACAGCAAAUAUAUUUCUAUUGUUUAUUUUACAAAACUUUAUAAGAUAGAUUCUCCUGAGUACUCCAUUAAAGGAAUUUAGAGCCAAAUAACGAAAACACUUAAUCUUUCUUUUUCAAUAGCUCCCUCAUGUAUCUGCCUUAAUGAAAGUUCAACAACAGUUACAAAAUGACGCGUUUAAGCCAUUUACUUCUUAUGACAACGAAAGCAAUUAUUGUUAUUACUCUUUCCUUCCUAGAUUAACCUCUUGACCUGUACACAUGGUUAGUCUACUAUACAAAAGAAUUUGUACGCUUUCAAGAAAAUAACAAACACAACAAGGACGACGACGGCAGUAACAGCUGUAAGAGGACAGUCAAAACAUAACAGAACAUAACCAAGACAACAGCAGUAGAAAAUACACUGUGAAAUAGAUACUUAUUUUUAAUUCUAUUUGUCACUUUUACAUCAUGGACUACACAUUAAUAAUAAAAGUUUUAUUCGUUAUAACAUUGGGCGCAGUGCUCUCCAACACGCAAAGUAUUGCUUCUACACUGCCAGCGCCAGCUGAGACAACAACCGCCACAACCGCCACGACCCCUACAACCACACAAAAGUCGACAGAAACAACAACGUCAACUACGACAACAACAACAACAACAACGACCACACCACCGACAACAACAACGACCCCCACAACAUCAACGACUACACAAAAACCGACAACAACGAAAGAAAGUACGACAUUACCAUCUUCUUCGACAAAAUUUCUAUCCAGUGCCGGUAUUUGUGUAGCAUCGAUAUUUUUUUCUAUGUUAUGCUAUUUUGCUCGAAAUAAUUGAAAUUAAUUAAUUUUUCUAACCUAAUGAUGAUAAAAGCUCUGUUUAUUGAGUCUAAUUAUAUCGUGAAUAGGGUAAAACCAGCAACCCAUUACCAAAAUCGUGUUUACAUGGUAUCAUUAUAAAUAUAUGAACUUUCGCUUUCUAAAGUAACUAGAACUGUCAUGAAAUAGGCUUGUUAUGACCUAUGAAACUUGAAGUCGUCUAAUAAAAAAAAAUGAAAAUAUAUAAUGCACUUUCAUAGUUGAUUUGCAUUGCUCCUCCAACAAAUACUUUACUUUUUAAAACAUUUAUGCUAUAUAUUGUAAAUUUGAUAUUCUAGAUAGUUAUAUGUUUUUGGGUAUUUAAACGUUUGUAUUUUGUGUGCUUGUGGGAAGCUAAAAAUAAUAUAGCGAAGCAAAAAGUUGCCGUAAGAUAAAGGUGGAUAGCUAGUUUUUUUGGUCUUUUCUCUAGGAUAAUAUAAGUUUAACAGUUGUUAGCCUGUGAAAAAAUUCAUAGAAAUUCUUCCGGUGUACGCAAUUUACGCAUUAGCGCAAAAGUGCAUCCUUUUUCGCCUGUUAAAAAAAGCUGGGGCGCUACUAUUUUGAACAGAAAGAUAAAAUCGAUAUUAUGAAGAAUAGACAAUUUUUUUUAUUCUUAUUUCUCCUUGAAAUUUAUGGAUUGAAACAAAGAAGUUAAAAUGCAAAAUUUUACAAGGUGAAACAUGUCGAAACAUUUCGUUAAAACUAAGAAAAUGUGUUUUAUUUUUAAAAAUAGUUUUACAAUUCUUGCUGCUUAGAUCCUUCAAAAACUUACGUUAAAUACAAUAAUUUUACUGAAUCCCUAUGGUAACUCUUCUAACAUAUUUCGUUACUUAAUACGUAUGGCAAAGGUCUUUCCAGCCACGUGCGAAGUUUUUAAUCAUUAAUGUAUUUCAAUUUAAUAUAUUCAUACACUUCGUGAAAAAAUUAAUUUGAAUUAACCAUACAAGCUUUGCCGCAAAUUACUUAAGUCUGAACCAUUUGUAAUGUUUUUAAACCUUAAAAUUAUUUCAUUAAAUUUCUGGCAA